GAGGGGCACCUCGGUCUGUUCGACAGACGACGGCGGGGCAUGCGCGGGUGAAGGGGGGCUGCCCCUCAACUGACUUCGCUCCGACGCGACGAUCGAAUCGAACGCUCAACCGUCAGUUAAAACCGUGCGUCCGACGGCAACCCACGCUCCAUUUAAAAACAUGGCGGUGUGGAGCAACGAAGCGACCACGCAGUUUAUAUCGCUGUACAAAUCGCACACGUGCUUAUGGAAAGUCAAGAGUUCCGAAUACAAGAAUCGGAAAACGAAAAAACGCGCCUACGAAGAUCUCGUCCGUUUUUGCAAGAGCAUCGGCUUCCACGAAGCCAGCGAAGAUACCGUCAGAAGAAAGAUCAAUUGCUUACGGGGAUGCUUUAGAAAGGAGCUCAGAAAGAUUGUGGCCAGUCUUAAAAAUGGUCAAAAAGAAGAGGAUGCGUAUAAACCAAACCUGUGGUAUUUUGAUCAAUUGAUGUUUACAAAAGACCAUGAUAUUGAAGAUAGCGGCACUUACGGUGAUGGUGAUGAUGAUGAUGACAACGACGACAACGAAGAUGAUACAAAUUCAAACGACUCAAUUUAUGAAAGAAAGCCCACUAUAGAAGUGUCUGUCCCUUACACAUCUAACACUGCAGCGUUUGGAUUUCAGUCCAGCCAAUAUGAUAAGAAUGUAAACAGCGGAUCACCUACUCGUAAUGGUGGUGAAAAUGAUAAUGAGAUUUCGAAAUAUGCGAGAGCGGACAAAGGGGUGAAGAGAAGACUUCAACAACCGGCUGGCUACAUUGGGGUUUGUUCCGGCGGUAUGACAUUAGCUGACAUCAGUGAGACGGAGGCCUUUGGCAUCAUGGUGGCCAGGAAACUGCAGAGGAUGGGGCGAGACCAGGCGCUGUAUGCGGAGACCAUCAUCAACACUGUGCUGAGGAAGGGAAUCACCAACAAAUUGACAGAAGAGACCGAUGUCUGCGACAACCAUUGCGAGAGAAACUUCCUCGGCUAAUGAUAAUAAUUUUUUAUUUUUUUUCUACUAAGUCUUAGUAGUUGUAAUAUUAAGAUGAUUGAGCUUUCGUUUCUGGCCAAUAAAACAUUUCAAUUCUACUAUU